AUGUCGACCAACGUCACGCAAGCAUGGCGGGGAGCCGGCAUGCCUUUGGCGACACCAGCUUCGUGCUGGGAAGAGUUUGGAAGGUGUAGCAUCAUCUUCACAUUGCGAGCAUUGGACAUUGCCGUUCCCACCUUGUUCUUCUUGCUUUGGCUCAAGUACGCGUGGAAUGCGCUCAAGAGCAAAGCCGCAGCAGCAGACGCAUCAUCCACCGCGCACGCACAGCGCUCACCACAGUCGCAGCACCAGCAGCACAAGGCUUGGGUGUCCAGCUGCAAGGUCAGGCACGCCCGAUUCAUCCCAACAACCCACGCAUUUGCUUACCCCGCUCUGUACGGCAUCUACGAGCUCAGCGCGCUCGAAUCGGGCCAAUGCGAUGCUCAGGGCGCUUUUCGAUGGCAAGGUCAUGGCGAAGAGGCGAGGGUGAGAGAGGGGGGCAAGAGCGGGAUCGGCUGGCUGCCAUGCAUCACUGCCAUCCAUCCCCGCUCUCAUCUGCACCUCGCCAUCCCUUCCCUGUCGACCAGCACGCGAUCUCGGGUGGAAGGUAGCAUCCUGCGCAAGCUGGCUUGGGAGCUGCGAGAGAGGGGUCACACAGACAAAGGCCCGCAGGAUGAAGCAUCGCUUCGAGACGAGUGGCGCAGUCAGCUUGGACAAGUGUGGAUGGUGUGCAUGCCCAGCCUGGCAGGCUUGCAAGGCAUCAACCCCUUGACCACCUACUUUGUCCAUCGACCCACGAGCAGCGAGAGCGAAAGAGGUCCGCUUUGGCUUUGCGUGCUCGAAGUGCACAACACUUUUUCCGAAAGGCACCUGUACAUCCUCGAAGUGGGCAAGGGGGAGGAUGCUCUCCCAACCAGCGCGACAAAACAUCGCGGCUCGUACGAGCAUUCUUGGACCUUCGACAGGGCAUUCCAUGUGAGCCCAUUCAAUGACAGGGGUGGAUGGUACCGGCUGCUACUAUCGCCCCUAUGGAAGGAAGGUCAGCAGCAUCCCGAGAUUGACGUUCGUCUCGUGCUACUUGUUGCGUCAAAGGAUGAAGGUGGAAGGCCAAUUGGAGAACUCGUCGCAAAGCCUCAUGCCGACGAUGCGUUUCGGCGCAAAAAGCUCUUUGCAACACUCAACUCUACCCAGGUCCGACCCCUCACUACCAGCACGAUGUGGUGGGCGCUCAUCAGACAGCCCUUCGACCUGAUCUUGCCCUUUGGCCGCAUCCUGGCUGAAGCAGCCAAGCUUCACUUCCAGAAGCGUCUCUCGGUUUUUCCAAAACCCGAAGUGCGUGCUCCUCUAGCUCAUCACCAAGAGCCCUCUUCAAGCAAAGUUUUGUCAAAUGAUGUGCAAGCAAGACGUGGUAGUGCUGCAGCGGACUUGGUCCGCGGAGCCAUCGGUUGGCAAGCAGAGACUGGCGCAGAAAAGACAGCGAGGGAGCGCUUGGCCGCUUUUGCGCGAACGCGGGCAGAUGAAAAUGGGCCAGGCCUGAAGAUCGUCUCUGCUGAUCCUCUGGCCGAGAAGUUUGAGAUCGCCACUGCUCCAGAGCAUGCAGACGUUCCCACGAUGGUGAUCACGACGCGCUCGCAAGCUGUAUACAGCGACCUCUUGCUCUUUCCUCCCCGCUUCGCGCAUCUUGUCGGGUCGGUAGCCGGUCAGCGUUGGGAUGCACCGGCCGACGCGCUGCAGAGCUACCUGAUGCCCUUUGUAGAACAUUCGGCGCAAAAAAUGGGCUGGAGGACCCGCUGUGCGCGGUUCAUCAGACGAAAGCACCUUGCUUGGCUCUUGACAUUUUGCGAUUUGCCAAGCGAAGGGCCUCGCAGCGCAUCGACUCUAUUGAACAUGGUCCAUGCUCCUCACCCAUUGGACCAGCUCAGCACGCCCGACGGGUCAUUUGACGAACCCAGCCUGAAUCACCUCUUUGCGCUCUUGUCCACCGCCUCAUCCGCCCGCUUGGAAGAGUUUCUCGUCAGGCGAUCAGGCGUGCAUUACGUCAGCGGCACCGAGGGCUGGCUCGAGCUACGACGGGCUUUGGCACAACUCGAUUCCCCAUCCGAUUCAUCCAUCAAAGCGUCUUGGGAUUGGAGACUUGGUAGCGUUCUGGCCUCAUGA